CUUUUUUUCGUAAAUUUAAAAUUAAAUUAUUAUUUUUAAUUUUUAUUUUAUUUGAAAUUUAACAGUCGUAAACUGUGAUAUAUUUAGGACAGAAAAAAAAAAAAAUUGAUUCUAGCGCCAAUUUGAAACGAGAUAUCGCAAUUUUAAUAAUUAUAUUUAAAAUAUUCAGAUUUUCCACUGCACUGUGUUAAUCACUUUUGAUUCAUUUCUGAACACGGGGGUAAAACUGACGGGCCAUAAAUAUAAUUUAGGUAAGAAUGGUAACCACAUUUAUGAUGGAUUAGUGUCCUGCACCUGGCAUGUUGACGAUCUGACUCACAAAUUCUGAGAAAUGGUGGAGACGCCCGGACAGGGGUCGAACGAAUUAAGACCUGCCUGGCCACGUGUGCGUAAUAGUCUUCUGUCCCUGCCUCUUUAGUCUUUGGUCAGAGUGGAUACAGAACAAAGCACGUGGUAGUCUAGCUUGCCUUAUCUCAAACAUGAUUUGUUGCGGGCCUCAGAAUUUUCGGCACAAUGAGACAUUGUUUUGCAGAGUGAACAGUAUGGCGCCGGGCAUUAAACGCAAGGUCAAUCGCGAGAAUCAUCAGUUUCAAGAAGUGGAAGUGUGGACUAACAAGUACUGUUUUGUGCAACAGAACAACAGCAUUAUUUGCCUUUUGUGCAAUGGAACAAUAGCAGUGCCAAAAGAAUUCAACCUGAAGCGACAUCAUGAAAGCCAACACAAGGAUUUCCUUCUGCAAGGUACGGAACGCAAACGGAAAAUCGAAUCGUUACGACGAUCACUAAUCAGCCAACAAAAUGUGUUCAAGAAACAAUCUGGAGAAUUGGAUGCGGCUGUUGAAGCCAGCCUAGAAAUAUCUGCUUUAAUAGCCAAGAAUGGGAAACCUUUCACAGAUGGCGAUAUGAUAAAAAAGUGUCUUAUCAUCGCAAGUGAGAUGUGUCCUGAGAAGACAGUGUUUUCAAACAAUCAGUCUUAACCACAUGACGA